UUGAAAGGAUCCAACAGAGAAACUCCCUUCUGGGCUCCUUCUAAAGCCACGCCCCCAAAAUACGUGAACGCACGUUGCCGUUGCAGCUGGAGGACCAGCGAAGAGGAGCGCAGUGCAGCCGCUCACAUCAGGUAGCUUCCACGGUGACAGCAUUAUUGUCUCUGAGGACUGCACUCCAGAGCCAAGCACAGACCAGGAGAGGACCGGGGUCGAGGCGCAGAGGUGGGAGGUCCGAGGAAGAACAGGCAGGACGGAGAGGACGAGGUGCAAGUUAAGCAGCACAUUUUCUAGGACCUGAGUCGAGCUUCACACUCCAACAACGGCAUAUGAACAGGUCCACUCACCUCCGUGCUCCGCUCCGCCAGCUGGGCUCGCCACCCUACCCUCUCCCCUCGGACCUCUUCCAUGGCGUCCUCCCGGCUCCUCCCCGUGCCUCCUUGCUUCCUCGGUCCCCAGCGCCCCUGGCUCCCUUGUCUCAGUCUCCUCGGUUCCCCGUGCUCGUGUUUCCCCGGCGUCCGCCGCUCCCUCACCUCCACUCCCUCAACCCCGUAUCCCCUUCAAUAAAGCCUGUUCUUCCCCAGAGUUGCGUUUGGGUCCACUCUGUCCCCACACCACACCGUAACAGGAAAAACCCAAAAAGCAUUAUAUGACCUCUUUAACCGUUCAUGUGAAUGACAGUCUGUUCCUCAUAAUGCAGUAAUUGUUUUAUGAAAGGUCCAGUUAGUUCUUUCUAACCUCAUUCACAAAACAUAAUAACUGCAUGUGUUGUACAUGUAUGUAGGUACUGACUUCCUGACACGGACUAACCAUUUUGGACUUUUGUAUUUCUCAAUU